AUGGCUGAUUGGGUGCUGAAGGACAAAGGGAAGGGCAGCACAAAGCCCUCAACCAACCUGGAUGACAGCCUGACCAGCCUCAUGUGGCUGAAGGACUUCUCGGUCAGGGACACCAACAUGGCCAAGCCCCCCUGGAUCUCUGGCAGCCCAGACCCCCUCGACUGUCAAAUGAUCCCCAGCUUUGCUGCCCCCUGCUCACCCCUGGCUGCAGACCCGGCCUGCAUGGGUAUGCCCCACACUCCCUGCAAGCCCAUCUCCUCUUCCACCUCGAGGACAGCGCAUCACACCGUGCCCAUGUACCCUCAGCUGGCAGAGGACAUCGACUACAAGACCAACCCGCACGUCAAGCCACCCUACUCCUAUGCCACCCUCAUCUGCAUGGCAAUGGAAGCCAGUGAGAAGCCCAAAAUCACGCUCUCUGCCAUCUACAAGUGGAUUACGGACAACUUCUGCUAUUUCCGACACGCCGAUCCCACCUGGCAGAACUCCAUCCGGCAUAACCUCUCCUUAAACAAGUGCUUCAUCAAGGUGCCCCGGGAGAAGGGUGAGCCUGGGAAAGGAGGGUUUUGGAAGCUUGACCCCCAGUAUGCUGACCGGCUCAAGAACAGUGCCCUCAAAAAGAGGAGGAUGUCCCCAGUGCAGAUCCACCCAGCCUUCACAAAAAAAGCCCAGCAAGAAGCACAGUGUGAUGCCACCCUGGCUGCUUCAGCUUGCACCUCCAAUAACAUCCUCAACGUCAACCUGGAGUCACAGAAGCUGCUGAAAGAGUUUGAAGAAAUCAUCAGCAACAAGAACUGGAAUCCAGCAGAUGGCAAAGCAGGGCAGAAGAGGAAGCAGCUCUCGCCCAACAGAACAGCCAAGGUGGCUCGGCUUGCCAACCCUGCCUUGCUGACCCAGGAGGAGCAGAGUGAGAUGGGAUCCUUGAAAGGUGCCUUUGACUGGGAAGCCAUCUUUGACACCAAUCUGAACGGAGACUUCUCCUCUUUUGGGGAUCUGGAACUUCCACCCCCCAUCAGCCCCAUAACACACGACCUGGACUUGGCUGUAUCCGAGCAGCACGCUGACUGUCCCCAGGGGCAGGAGCAGGUCCUCACCGAGCCCAACCACAACAACCUGGACUUUGAUGAAACCUUCAUGGCCACUGCUUUCCUGCAGGAUCCCUGGGAUGAAGGGACAAACGAUUGCCUCGCCAACGCUGUCAACAUAGAGCAGGUGUUUGAAUUCAGUAACACCUCUUUGACAGAGGGUGGGCACGACUGGACAUCUCUCUUGUAAGAGGCCAGUCACCAUUCAAAGCCCACCCAGACUGUGGUAGGUGCUCCCCUGUGCUGCUGGGACUUACAAGGGACAACAUUUUCUAGAGACAGAGACGUCCACAGUGACACUUGCCAGCUUCAUCAUAAGGUCAUUCACAGGAACACCAAGGGGAGAAAACAAC